GGCAAAGAGUAGGCAGCUGCAGCAUCUUACCGUAGGGUGUAGUAUCUUUGGCUGUACCUAUCAGAAGAGGAAGAAAAAGCGGCGAUCUGAAAAACCAAAGCACCAGGACAACAACAAAUUAUUUGUUGACGACCAGUCAGUAUGGAGAUGUCAGACUCAGAUGAUGAUGAUCUAGAAGAUGCUCCAGCUUUCAUAAAGAACGCCUCUCCUUCAAAGACUGUACCCCAAAGCUCGUCAAGCUCUCCAGAAAAGGAACCUUCCACAUCUUCAUCACAUUCUGGACCUAACAAAUUGGAUUUGCUGUUAUCUGAGCAAAGGAAAGAGAAUGCAGAGGAGGAAUAUUUGAGAAAAACCAAACUAGAAUUGCUUAAAAACAUUUCAGAAGGGUCACAAGAAGGGAGUGGUCAUAAUGAUGUGACGUGUGACAGUCUGGCUGAGGAACAUGCAAGCCACAUUGAACAGCUGGAGCUGAAGACCAGUGAGCUCCUCCAUGUCCAGCCGGGUGUGCUCUUGUUCCAUCCGGACAAAUACUGCUGUGAAUUUGAUGAGUCCAUCACUCCAUCCCAGUGUGGCUUCAUUUCCUCAGGGUCAUCAGUGGACUCUUUAUUAGCAUCACUCACUUCUGAGAGGCUCUGCACAGUACUACUGUCAAAAGUUUUGGUAACAUGCUUUAACAGAGUGUCCCAUUCCAAUGUUGUCAUGCAGUGGCUGUUUCUUCUCAUGUCUGUGCAUAGAUCACCAGUGGUCAAGCAGUUCUGCUGUAAUAACCUGAUGGACAUACUGCAGCAAACAAAAAACCAGCCGAUGUCACCACAAGGCGUUUUGGUGCAGACUUGGUGCCCUACAGUUCUACUGCUUUUAAAGUUGUUAGUCAAUCUUGGAGCUGAUGCUAAUACUUUGCUGGGACAUCAAACACUGUACUCUGCUGCUGAAGUCAGUCAGACUUUGAUUUCAGAAAAAUCGGAUGUUAAAGGCGAACAUAUACAGCAAAGUGGAUCCUUCUGCCCAGAGAAUUUGGGUCUUGUGCUGAAUGUGUUAGCUGUCAGUCUUCAGUCCAGACCCAGUCUUUCAAAAGAAGAACUUCAUAUAAUGUUUUACAUGGUGGCCAAGACUUCGUUGGAUCCUGCUUUACAAAAUUGUUUGCAGCGUGAGCUACAAGUCUGUUUUAGUUCCAUUCUAGAGUGCUUCAGUGAUGCUGACUGGCCUUCUGUUAUACCAGAGUUGUGCAGAAAUUUGUCCAGCAUAAGCAGCCACCACCAUGACCAGGCCUACCUGGUAGAACUGCUCACCUCUGGCCUGAGGGGCGAAGAGCUCCAGACCAGGCUGGCCUAUGUGUUCCUGUGCCUCCAACUGGCUCCAGAUGAUGGAGAUAUGCCUCCUUCAGAGCUGCCAAAGGUUAAGCUGACAGAUAUUGCGUGGCUUGGCCGGACUCCAGACUUGAAGCAGCCAUCCACUCUGACCACAUCAAUCUUGCAGCUGGUCAAUGAUGACCUGUACAGAGUGUCCUCUCUGUUGCGCUUGCUUGAUCUCUGUGUGGGAAAUGAAAGGAACAGGGCAGCCAAGCCUAAGGAGGAGUUACAGUAUCUGUUGGGCCAAGUAAAACUCAUUAUUAAAGGCAUCAGAGACAACAUACUUCAGCAGGAUCUUUCCAAGAUCAAAGAUAUUUUGUCACGUAUGAAAGUGAAAUGGUCCUUGACUCUCCAUAACCAGAGAAGUGUUCAAAGGAGUGUUUUUGCUUGGGCCACAGCCACCACCCACCAGCCUGUAUUGGAGGAACGGCUGAGGAAUCGUAUUGUGUCAACUGAGAUAGAUGAAGAUGUGGAUGAAUUGUAACUGUGUAUGUAAUGUUAACACAUUACACCCUAAUUCGCCCGGGAUUGCCCGGGAAUUCCCUUAAGCGCUCCACCCUGACUCUCCCGGGACCGCCCGCACCGACCCAGCGUCUUUAGAAACGAAAUCUCACCUUGGCGAGACACUGGGACCGAGAUUUUGAUUUGCAUAGUUAUUGCAAAAAGUUUCUUCUUUCGUUUGAUACCAAAACGAAAUUUUUCGGGGCAG